AUGUCUGCAAACACAGAUACGAAGUCUGCGCAUUUGGCGCCACCUGAGCAGGACAUCAAGGAUGAUAGCUCAGACUGGGAAUCGCCUGACGAGAACGAGAAGGACAAGGCGCCCGACAAAAGAUCCGUGCAGAAAGGGCCUGAUCCAUUGUAUCACAGAAACGAAAAGGUCGGCCUACUGGAAGAUCGUGGCCCAGGCAAGAAGUGGAAAGUGACCCAAGUCCACUACUCAAAUAACACUUACGAUCUGCUUCACGACGAUGGCAAGACUGUGAAGCUACGAGUGCCGGAGGGAAAAAUAGAAUAG